UGUGGGGCUCGGGUGGGUAGAGUGGGUCGCGGAUAGGCGAGGCAGGAUGAAAAAGACAGUGGGCGAGGUUGAUGGCUUGGCUCUGCUUCUGGAGAGGGACACCAGCUGUCACCGCUGCCGCCACAGCUUCUGGAGUGGCCUCUGUGCUUGCUCCUCCCUCAGGCUCAAGGUGCGCUGCUCCAGAGGGAGGCGGGGCUCCGCGUCCCCUUCCUGCAGAUCCGUAGCUGCGCAGCUCAGAGGCUGGUCUCUCCGCUGAGUUUCCCACACUCUGGGCUUCGGGGCGAUGGUGGACGUGCUGGGAGGGCGGCGCCUGCUGACCCGCGAGGGCACGGUAGUGGAGGCCGAGGCGGCGCUACAGAACAAGGUGGUCGCUCUGUACUUCGCGGCCGGCCGGUGCUCUCCCAGCCGCGACUUCACGCCACUGCUCUGCGACUUCUACACUGCACUGGUGAGCGAGGCGCGGCGGCCUGCGCCCUUUGAAGUGGUGUUCGUGUCGGCAGACCGCAGCGCGGAGGAGAUGCUGGACUUCAUGCGUGACUUGCACGGCGCCUGGCUGGCACUGCCCUUUCACGACCCCUACCGGCAUGAACUGAAGAGGAGGUAUGAUGUCACAGUCAUCCCCAAGCUCGUGGUCAUCAAGCCAAACGGAGCAGUAAUCACCAACAAAGGGCGGAAGCAGAUCCGGGAGCGAGGGCUGGCUUGCUUUCAGAACUGGGUGGAAGCAGCCGAUGUUUUCCAGAACUUCUUGGGGUGAAUCUGGAGGGACCAUGGCAGGUGCUGCUAGCGGGGGACCAGUGUCUUCCAAGAGGAAGUUACUGGUUCUAUUUGUUGGGAGAUUUCAUAGCAGAGGCACCAAUUUAUGGUGG